AUGCCUUCCGCAACCACCGAAACACCCUCUUCCGACCCUCCCGUCCGCCUCUCCCUCCCCCUCGAAUUCCAACAAGACAUCUUCCACAACCUCCGCGCCGAAGACGCCCUCCUAAUUAUCGCCCGCGGUCUCGGCCUCCUCCGCCUCGUAACGAACCUCCUCCACUCCUACGACGCCGCUGGGAACAACCUCGUCAUCCUAGUUGGAGCAGACGAACGCGAAAAUGACUGGAUCGGCGAAUCUCUCGCCGAACAUGCGGCCAUCAGCGGCUCGCCGAAAUGUCGCGGCAUGCAGCUCGUCAAUACCGACUUGACGAACGUGGGCACGAGGGAGAAGAUGUACAAGAGAGGAGGCAUUUGCAGUAUCACGAGCAGGAUCUUGAUUGUAGAUUUCUUGAGCGGACUUCUAGAUCCCACGACUGUGACGGGGUUGGUGGUACUGCACGCCGAGCGCAUUGCAGCGACGAGACUGGAGGCGUUCAUUGUGAGGAUCUAUCGGCAGAAGAACAAGAAUGGGUUCUUGAAGGCUUUCUCGGAUCAGCCGGAGCCUUUGACGGGUGGAUUCCAGCCGCUGUCGAAUAUCUUGAGGAAUCUGUUUCUGAGGACGCCGGUGCUGUAUCCUCGAUUCCAUGUCUCGGUUGCGAAGAGCUUGGAGGGGAAGAGGAAGGCGGAAGUUAUUGAGCUGGAAGUUCCCAUGACGGAUUUGAUGAAGGACAUUCAGAAUGCGGUGAUGGAGUGCGUGGAUGCGUCGAUUUCGGAGUUGAAGAAAGGGAAUUCGGGGCUGGAGAUGGACGAUUGGAAUUUGGAUAGUGCGCUGCAUAGAAACUUCGACUCGAUGAUCAGACGGCAGCUGGAUCCUGUCUGGCAUCGGACGAGCUAUAAGACACGGCAGACGGUGAGGGAUCUGGGACUUCUGAGGCAGAUAUUGCAUUUCGUCCUUACGCUCGAUGCUGUGAGCUUCCAUAAAUAUCUGGAUACUGUCCUGGCUGCAAGUCAGCCGCCACCUGGGUCGAAUCGGCAGAAUCAGUCGCCGUGGUUGUUUCUGGAUGCGGCACAUACGUUGUUUGAUUCGGCGAAGAGGAGGGUGUAUACGGGCAAGAUCACGGAUCCUUUGGCGGCUGAUCAGACUGGGUUGAACCCAGUGCUGGAGGAAUUGCCGAAGUGGAAGCUGCUUGCGGAGAUUCUGGAGGAGAUUGAGAGGGAUGUGUACUUCAAUCCGCAGCCGAAUGAUGAGUCGAGUGGGAGCAUACUGGUCAUGUGUGGCGAUCAGUCGACUUGCAGACAGCUGAGGGAGUAUCUCACGACGAUGUACGCUGAUGAGGUUAGCGACGAUGACAUUGGGGACAGGAAGCCCAGCGGCAAUAGUCUCAUGCGACGAAAGCUGCGCAACUACUUGCAAUGGAAGAGAGACUUUGCUCGAGUGAGCAGCAAUUUGUUCGAAGAGAACCAGAAGGAGAUCAAUGGCACUUCGAAGCAGUACGGUGGUGCAGCGUCACGGGGAGGAAGAGCACCGCCCAACAAACGCCGACGAGUCCGAGGCGGUGCCGCUGGACUUGCAGCACCUACUCGAACAACGAGCGGAACAGUCCAAAUCGCAGGCGACAAGGACUCGCACAUUCAAUCACUCAUGCAAGAGCUUGCUCAAAAUGAUACCCUCAAUCAAGACACAGCCGCGAAGAUUGAUAUAGGAGCAGAUCCACUCGACGACAUGGACGAUUAUUACGAACUUUACGACAUGAAAGACCUUGUUUUAGUACAUCCGUACGACGGAGAUAUGGACGAUCACCUGCUUGAAGAAGUGAAGCCGAGGUACGUGAUCAUGUACGAGCCCGAUGCGGCGUUCAUCAGGCGGAUAGAAGUGUAUCGCAGCAGCCACAGCAAUCGGCAGGUGCGUGUGUACUUUAUGUAUUACGGAGGAAGCGUGGAAGAGCAGAGAUAUCUUUCGAGUGUGCGGAGGGAGAAGGAUUCUUUCACAAAGCUCAUCCGAGAGAGAAGUAAUAUGGCGUUGACGUUGACGCAUGAGUUGGACAAUCUGGAUCCUCAGGAGAGCUUCCUACGAACGGUCAAUACGCGCAUUGCAGGAGGUGGUCGUCUGGCUGCGACCGCGGAACCACCUCGAGUCGUAGUCGAUGUUCGAGAAUUCCGCAGCAGUCUUCCCUCCCUCCUCCACGGCCGCAACAUGGUCGUCAUCCCCUGCAUGCUCACAGUCGGCGACUACGUCCUCACGCCCGACAUCUGCAUCGAGCGAAAAUCCGUCCGCGACCUCAUCUCCUCCUUCGCCAACGGCCGCCUCUACAACCAAGCCGAAACCAUGCUCCAGCAUUACAAAUCCCCCAUGCUCCUCAUCGAAUUCGACGCCCAAAAAGCCUUCACCCUCGAACCCUUCGUCGACUACUCCUCCUCAUCCCUCGCCGCCUCCUCCGCCGUCGGCUCCGACCUCCAAUCCAAACUCGUCCUCCUCACCCUCGCCUUCCCCAAACUCCGCAUCAUCUGGUCCUCCUCGCCCUACCAAACCGCCUCCAUCUUCGAAGAACUCAAAAAAUCCCAAGACGAGCCGGAUCCCAUCAAAGCCGUACAGAUCGGCCUGGAGUCUGGCGAGGACCCCGAGACGAGGACGUUCAAUCAGACGCCGCAGGAUAUGCUGAGGUGUGUGCCCGGGGUGAAUGGCAAGGUGCUGAAUCGGUUGAUUUUGGAGUAUGAGAGUGUGGUGGAUGUGGCGAAUGCCGGGGAGAGGGAGUUGGCGGAGAUGGUGGGAAGGGAGAAUGCGAGGGGGAUUCGGGGGUUCUUUGGGAGAAGUGUUUGGGAUUUGGGGGAUGAGGAGUGA